AUGGCCUCCCGAAGUUUGUGGGACAGUGAGCUCGUGGCCGGCGUGGCCUUCCGCCCUCAGCGAUGCCAAGCAUCCAAGCGAGGCCCAUGGAUCGACAGCACUUACAUGGCUGAUGUGAAGUUGGCCUAUCGCCUGUACAAAGACACACGUCAAGACUCGAGUGGCAAGGCCUUGCUGAUCUAUUUUCACGCGAAUGCAGAGUUGUGCACUGACUUGGAAACAGACGUGCACCAGUUCUUCGACUGCGGCUUUGGUGCGGUGCUGUGCCCCGAGUUCCGCGGCUAUGCCUGGAGCGAGGGCACGCCUAGCCUGCGGAGCCUGUAUCCGGACAGUGAGGCCUUAAUCAACGCCUUGCCUGAGAUUCUGGAAACUAAUGACCUCCAGCUGGACAUGCCCAUCAUUGUGCUGGGCCGGAGCUUAGGCUCCGCCUGUGCCAUCCACUUGGCCACGGCUCCAAACGUUUGCGGCCUCAUCAUCGAGUCAGGCGUCAUGGAGCUCUUAAAGCUGCCAAUGGUCAUGCAGUUUGCCAUGAUGAUGCCUCAGUUGCUCCAGGCCUUGCGCCAAGAACCUUCGCCCUUGAAGCCACUGGAGGAACUUCGGCAGGUGAGAAUCCCCACCGUGGUAAUUCAUGGAGAGCUGGAUGAGAUGAGCCCCAUUGAUCAAGCCUUUGCUGCUCAUGGAGCCUGUGCAAGCCCCGAAAAGAAACUGGUGAAGUACCGAGCAGGUCAUAACGACCUCCGGCUGCGCGCCAGAAAGGAGUACUUUCGAGAACUCCGACUGCUGUGCGAUCGUGUGGUCUCCGGUGUUCCUCAAGUAGUUCCUGAACAACCUCAAGGUUGGCUGGAGAUGCUUGGUGAAGUCUUUUCCGCCAGCUCGCUGAGAUGCCUUCCCGGCAUGCGCCGCUGCUUCGCCAGCUCCGAGGAUAUGAAUGCCGAGACACCGCGAUGA